UAAACCUCCGUCCCUCCCCCUUCUUCCCCCUUUCUCCUCUCUCUUCUCUCUCUAACCCCCUCGCUCGCACGAGCUCAUCGGCGGCGAGACAGGCGGCGGCGGAAGUUGCGUGUGAGGAAGCCUAGGUCGUCGCCGCAGGGCGGCGCCCCCCGUGGGGAUGGGGAUCUCUUUCAAACUGUCCAAGGUCGGCGUCCGCGUGCACCCGGCCGCGCGCUCGGCGUCCGCGGCGCCGGCGCAGGCGGAAAAACCGGCCGCGGUCGAGGCGGAGGGGUCCGUGUCCGAUUCCAGACGCGAGGUGGGGCGCUCGUAUGGCUCUGUUGAGAGAGCAAAAUAUGUCAAUGGCAUCAAAAUUUCACCAGUGUGCUCCAGGGAAAUUUUGCCAGAGCAUGAAGUUUCUUUCACCUUCAGCCUCUAUGACAGAGGUUAUCUCAUUUCAAAGUCAGCCUCUAUGGAUCCCAGCCAGACUUCAAUUCAGGAUGGCAAAACACUGCAUCCCUAUGAUAGAGCAUCAGAAAAGCUAUUCUCUGCUAUUGAAGCUGGGAGGCUGCCUGGCGAUAUUCUUGAUGAGAUACCAAACAAGUACUACAAUGGAUCAGUUGUUUGUGAGAUACGUGACUACCGGAAGAACGUAUCCAAUCAAGUCCCUGCAUCAUCUGCUCAGCUAGGAUUACCUAUCGUCAAUAAAGUACGGCUACGAAUGACCUUUGAGAAUGUUGUAAAGGACAUUACGCUGCUAUCUGAUGAUUCCUGGAGUUACAGGGAUUUUGUGGAAGCUGAGGCUCGUAUUGUGAGAGCCCUACAACCAGAACUUUGCUUAGACCCUACUCCAAAACUGGAUCGACUUUGUCAGGAUCCUAUUCCACAUAAGUUGAGCCUUGGUAUUGGAAAAAAGAGGAGGCUGAGGCAAAAUCCUGAAGUUGUCGUCACAUCCAGUAACAUGUCUCGUGGUAAAAAGGUUUGCAUUGAUAGGUUACCUGAUAAUGCCAGAGCAGAUGAGAUGGGCAUCACAGGUGGUAGUGCAGCUCACCAGGUUGUCGAUAACAUUACCGUCCAAAAUAUUUCGGGUGGUUCUCAGCAACUUAGACCAAAUUGUUCACAAGAUGCUGCCAGAAUGCUGAUGUCCCAAUCUGGCAUACAGCAAACCGUAAGUUAUUCAGCUGUUGGUAGUGAUCGUGUGGCAGGAUCACCUGCUAAUUUUUCUGGAAUCAAUUCAAGCAUUUCGUCCCCUCAGAGCAUGAUUGGUUACAAUGACUCUGUUACUGCCAAUGGCCUUCUAUCUGUGAAGAGGGAAAUGCAAGAUGCUCCGCUUCAAGAUCCUAAGAGAAUAAAGCCAAGUGGUGGUAUUGAUGAUGUACAGCAGCAGCACAUAAGGCCUCAACCCCUUGGUGGGCAGGAGAUGCAAUGGAAGAACCCACAAUUGCAUCCACAAUUAGAUAUCAAGGGGAUGCAGUAUGCUUCUUCAUUGAGUGGUCAGAGAUAUCCUCCUUCGGUGAUGAACAACAUGCAAGAUUCAGGAUCUUCUUUCUAUUUUCAGCAAGGUUUGAGAUACGGUGCCAAGCAAGAGCAGAUGGAUGGUUCUGAUAGGUCAAAAGACGCAUUGCAGUCUAUGGCACCUGGAAAUUCUGUGCUGGAUCAACAGCAACCCCAGGCUCAGCAUUUAUCACAGCAGUCAACGGCAAGAAAUAAUCUUCCAAACAUGGCACAGUGGCAGAAUACUCGGUUUGCAGCUGAGAAGGACUUGAAAAAAGAAGAAAUAAUUCAGAGAAGAAAGUUAGCACCUAGCUCUCGUGCCCCUUCUGGGCCAAUGGUGCAGUCUCCAGUAUCUUCUAAAUCAGGAGAGAUAUCAAGCAGUUCAAUGGGUGGUCAGUUUGGUUCUGCUGUGACAUCGGCUGUAAUUGGGGCACAGAAAGAUAAAUUUGCUGCAAAUUCCAAUGCUGCAGUUGGAUACCCUUCUGUAGCUUCCAGCCCUAGUGAUUCUAUGCACAGAAUACAGCAACCUGCUGCUGCUCCUUCAAAAAGAAAAACAAAUUCUGUCCCCAAAACUCAACCACCUGUUAGUGCCGUUGGGUCUCCAGCCAGUGUUUCAAAUAUGCACGCUCCACUAAAUGCUAGCAGCCCAUCAAUUGGGACCACACCUAUGGGAGACCAAGCAAUCCUGGAUAAAUUUGCGAAAAUAGAAAAUCUUUCCCAUCGGUACCAGCUUCACAGUAAGAAGAACAAGGUUGAUAAGAUACCUCAAAGGAAACCCAUGAUCAAUGCAAGCCAAGAUGUCGCCAGAUGUCUCUCCAGCUGUUUCCACACUGAGGAUUAUAUAGAUACAAUAAGACCUCUUUGUAAUUCUAUGAUUAGUGGAACAAUAAACAUGUGCAAGACUAGGAUAAUAAAUUUUGUGAGCUCAAACCGCAUGUACCAAGGUCAUCCAAGGCCAUUCCAGGUUGUUUUCAAGGAAAUGCCUGAUGAAACUGUAAGAAUGCAGUAUGGAGAUCUAGAAGAUUUUGAUGGUCCGAAUUCAUAUGAUUGCGUAUUCAUAUUACCGACGAAGUACUGUGCUGACUUGCUGGCAGAGCAGCUUAUUCCCCUGAUGUUGCAAGAUGGGCAUUCUAAAGCUGACGAUAAAGUUAUGCGUGGCACCCCUCCUGCUAACCUCAAUACACUAUCAGGAAUUUUACCAGAUAACUUAGCAAGUGAUGUGAAGCAAGAGGGAGGUGUAAGCCAGCAACUUAAUGCUGCAGCCCAUGCAAAUGUGGGACCUGGAACACCAAUGCAGCAGCUUCCUGUCAACAGGAUGCUUUCAUCUGCUAAUAGCAACCAGGUUCUAGCAAUGCAGCAAGGGUAUAUGCAAGGGGCAGCCAUGCCUCCAAGGAGCCAGCAACUUGACCAAAAUUUGGUUCAGCAGCCACAGCAGCAACAGACCCAGCAGCAACCACUGCAGCAAAAUGCCCAAACACAGAUGCAGCAACCAUCAUCUCUUCCACUUAACCAGAUGCAGAGACCUCAACUUCUGCCAACAAGCCCGUUAUCUCAGAUGUUGGCGCCUGGCUCAAAUCUCCCAGUGGGAAGUCAGAUGGGAAACAAUAAGGCUACUCCAACUUCCUUGCAGCUUCAGAUGCUACAGCAGCAGGCACAACAGCAACAACCUAUGUCUAGGAAAGUGAUGAUGGGGCUUGGUUCAGCCAUGAAUAUGGGCAAUAUGGUUAACAAUGUUGUUGGUAUAGGUGGCCUAGGAAACGUUAUGGGAAUGGGCAAUGUGCGGCCAAUAUCCUCCCCCAUGGGAUCGAUGUCAGGCUUAGGCAACAGUUCCAAUCAAAUGAACAUGGGCAUGGCAUCCAACCUUUCUGCAGCUGGACUUCGGCCAAAUAUGAACCCUGCUGCUCUUGCCAAGAUGCGAAUGGGGUUGGCACAGCAAAGGGCAGCAGGCAUGUAUCCGCAGACUGGAAUGGUUGGAAUGCCUGGAAGCGGCUCUCCAAUCCUUCCUAGUUCAGCCGGCUUGUCCAUGAUGGGCCAUCCGCUAAAUAGAAGCAACCUCAGCCCCCUGCAGCGGGCCAUGAUGUCUUCUAUGGGCCCUCCGAAGAUGCUGAACCCCCAACAGCAAAUGCAGCUCCAGCAGCAGCUGCAGCAGCAGCAGCAGCUCCAACAGAACCCACAGCAGCAGCAGCUCCAACAGAACCCGCAACAGCAGCAGCAGCAGCAGCAGCAGCAACUGCAGCAAAUACAGCAGCAGCAGCAGCAGCAGCUACAACAACAGCUACAGCAGCAGCAGCUGCAACAACAACAGCUGCAGCAGCAGCAACGACAAAUGGGAUCUCCGUUACAGCAGGCGCAGGUGGGCUCACCUGCUGGCUCACAGCAGUCAAUGAUGAUGCAGCAGCAGCAGAUAAGCCCACAGCAAAUGGGUCAACAUGCUGCAAUGAGCCCCCAGUUGAGCUCAGGAACUCUGCAGCAAAUGAGCAAUAAUGCGGCGAACCCGGUAGCCACUCCAGGCCCACCCCCAAGCCCGCAGUUGAGCUCACAGACCCAUGGGUCUGUCAACAGCAUCGCUAACUCACCGAUGGAGCAGUUGCAAGGCGCAAAUAAGGGAGGUCCUGGUAGCAUGUAGUAACUGGAAAUACUUGGUUCUCUUCUUUGGCCAAUACAAUAAAGGAAGGUGUAAAACACCGGCAAAGAUCUCGGGGGUUUCUUGAUUGUUGUGGUAAAUGGGGUGUAUUGUAACUUAUAGCCCAUGUAUGAUAACUUGCGGAACAGCAGCUUAUGCUUGGAUUUUGAUUUUGUAGAUUGUAGUUAGUAGGAACGGUGUGUGACUGUAGGGGUAAUCCGUAGCUGGAAGAAAGCAUUGUUCCAUUGAACAGAUCUCUUUUCACGUUUAAAUUAAAUGAUCAAAAUUGUGGAACUUAUAUGUAA